GGUGCAUCGUGCACCUCGCUUUAAACCAGCGUUGUUCAAAUCUCCUACGUUUCUGGGAAGCUCGCAUAUCAUCAAGCGUACCUACUUCUUAUCGGCUUCUAGAUAUGCGCCAAGAACAAAGCGAUGCUUGUACUGGAGGACAAACUUUUCUUUGCGUAUUUCUGGAUUAAAUGGCUUUCGAGUGGGUGUGAUGGUUUUGUGGCAGACCCUAAAACAUCUCCAUUCCGCACAGUUUCGCAAAUCUUCAUGAUUGAAUCCUUCAUAUCCACCUCAAUUCAUGUAACCUAAUGAUUUGAGAGAAGCUUAUAGGCACUUCUCGAUUCUCUGCCCCGUUUCGAGCAAGUUAGACCUCGAGAUGUGACGCCAGCAAGCGCAUACACACACACUCCUCUAGAUGUGUAACCUUUUAAGGCCGAGAGUGAUCUGGAACAAGUUGUCCUGAAGCGAUUACUUUCUUCGUUUCUGAUUAUUCUCAAUGCAAAUUUUUGAUACUUUAAUGAAAGCUUAUCUUGGACUACCUAUAUCAAGUACAGCAGCAAUCCACUCUGAUCCACCCAUCCCAAGACGAGUCGAAGUAACAUUCAAGAUGGAAGGAAAUAGAUCCAUCAGAAUGGCCAUCAGAUCCAUUGGGCGCGAAGUCGUGCAUGUCAAAGUCGGAAAGGACCUCCAAGAUUUCGGUGUACACAAAAGUCUCAUUUGCCACUGGUCUCCAUUUUUCAACGCUGCAUUCACUUCCGGUUUCGAAGAAACCGCCACUGGUAUCAUCAAGCUUGUAGAUGUCGAAGUUGAAGUCUUUGAGUUGUUUUUCUUAUGGCUAUAUACGCAGCAAAUCGGUGAGCCUGAGCAAGAUCCAGCUGGUUCCGCUCUCUCGGACAACGAGUCGAAACCCGGCCAUGACUACAAACUUCAUGUUCGCACUCUUCUACGGCUCUACGUCUUUGCGGACAUGAUUAAAGCACCGGUUCUCAAGAACGACUGCAUUGAGAAGCUCUCUCGUAUGGAAUCUUUCGAAAAGGAAUAUCUAACCGAGUCCGAGAAUUUCCGAUAUGUUUGGGAGCAUACGAGAGAGCACGAUUUAAUCCGCAAGCUGCUUGUUGAUACAAUCGUUUGGGAUUUGGGGAACGCAUCAUUUCUCAAGACUCCCGAUCAACUUCCUCAAGAAGUAACAUUUGACAUUCUUCUCGCCAUGAAAACAGUUAUCGAUAAUGCUCGUACGGAGUUAAAAGAGAAAGAGAAUAGUAAGAAAAAGUUCAAGGCUCUCGAAGCUUUCGAAAGCCCUUUGGAAGAUCGAACCAAUUAUCAUGAGAAAGCUGGGACAUAGAAUAACGAAAACGGAGAUGUGCCAUCUGAGUCGCUGGCGGGGGUCUCAGACCAGGAAAUGUAUGAUAUUGAGGAAAUUGUGGAUUCUAAAUCAGGGGGCGACUUGGCCAGUUACAAGGCUAGAUGGGUUGGACAUCCGCAAGACAGUAAAUAUUACUCGGCGGAAAACUUUAGAGGUGCCCAGAAACUCGUUGGGGAAUUUCAUAAGAGAUACCCGCAGAAGCCUGGUCCUGGGAUCGGCUACUAGUAGUCAUACUUUCCUAUUGUCUUGUGGGCUCGAGAGUUCGUCCCAGAUAGGUUUUCCCAUAGUUCAGUCUUCAGUGCAAUGAUUAGAGGUGUUCGGUUCCUGAAACCCAUUUGUUAAUUAGAAAUAGUUUGGAAUAUUUAACUCA